AUGGUAUUCCAGAGCUACGGUUUCGAGUCAACCACCUACAAUACAAUCAACAUGGGUCACGCUUCCGUGUCUGCGCCCAUGACCAUUGGCGCUGGCGGAGCCGGCUGUGGCAGCAAGAAGCGCAAGACGUUCGACGAGAUGGACUCAUUCGCCUCUGGUGCCGAGUACCAGAUCCGACCCAAGCUGAGCCUGCCCCGAUCUUCGGGUCUCGUCUUCAACGCGGAUGCGCAGUUCCAUCCGCUCCCAGCCGAUGUCAAUCAGGCGAUGCUCGCGCAGCUCGGCCACAGUCCUUUUGCCAAUGGCGCUAGCUCGUCUGCCUCGUCGAGCUUCGUCACUCCUUCGUCGUCCUCGAGCUCUGGCUUUGGACACGAACACAAGUCUUCCAACGGUUCUGACUACUUCAGCACCGCCGCGCCAAACCAAUACCCCGACGUGGAACCCUACCCAUCCACCUCACCUUCUUCGACGUACGGCAUCCUGGGACCUGCUCCCGGUCGUCACAAUUCGCUCAGCGAUGGCGAUGGCAUGGACGUCGACUACGGGAGUAAUCCCUCAGUCGAGCGUGUUCACGGACCACAGUGCAAAAGCAUCCCCCAGCUGUGCGUCAGGUACAAUGACGGAGCGGGCUCCGAACUGUGGGCUACCUGCCCCGAUUGCGGAGCUUGCUCCAAAGUCGAAUCCAACCAACCCAGUCAGCUUUGCUACUCUCCGUGA